AAUGCAAUGGCCUAGUCGAGGCUUAGUGUUGGUUGAACAGCCGUAGGCAAAUUAACAUUGACAAUGCGUAAGGGAACUUUAUUGGUCUGUCUAAUCCUGGCCAGCUGCUGCUUUAUGAGCCAGGCUUAUCCCCAGAGUGCAGCUGCUACUGAUAGUACCACAACAACAACGAUAAGCACAACUACAGCCAGUUCUGUGGAUGACAACAAGAUAAAGGAUGAGGAAAGCAGCACAACGAAGUCCAGCACCACAGUAGGCAGUAAUCCAGCUGAGGACUCCACAACGAGAUCCAGCACCACAACUGAUAGCACCACUGGAAGCAGCAAUGCAGCUGAGGACUCCAGCACCACAGCGGCCAGUAGCACCACAUCUGCCAGCAAAGACAAUUCCGAGUCCAGCACCGCUCAGCCAGCUGUGGUUCAUAGCACCACACCUGCAGCUGCACCCAGCACCACCGGCACCAGCAGCACCAGCACCACAUCCUCUGCCACUCCAACGGAUGAGGAGCUGAAGGAGCUGCUGCAAAAGUGCGAGGAGCUGCGUCGACGCAAGAAGCGGGACAGCUCCUCCUCCUCCUCCUCCUCCUCCGCCUCAUCUGAGGAAGACGACGACAGCGCGGAGCAAAAGGCGCAGAAAAAGGAACGCAAGAAGCUCAAGAAAAUGUGCAAGAAGCUGAGGAAGCAACAGGAAAGCAAAGGGGAACCGAACCUCAAGGAGCUGGCUGAAGGAUUGCGUGCCUACAACGAGCGACAGAGCCAAAGGAAACAUUAAAUUAAACAAAUAACAGCACAGCUUUUUUUAUGUAUUUUUUUUUUUUAAAUGACUCAUUUGAUGUAUUUGUAUAAUAAUAAACAACUAUCUAUUGUAAUCAGAAUGA